UUCAAGGUAGAGUGCCAGUAGGAGUCGAUUCGCUGGGAUUGCGUACGACGGUUGCUGGCGGUUUGGGUUUAACAGGGGGCAAUGAAACACAUACAAUUGCAGUGAAUCAACUGCCUUCACAUUCACAUGACAUCGGCUCCAUUUCGAUGUCAUUAAGUGGCAAUCACUAUCAUUCGAUCAAUGAUCCAGGACAUAAUCAUGGUGGUAUAACGGGAAGUUCAGGUUUUUUGAAUGGAAAUGGCAGGUGGAAUGCAGGCAAAGAUGGUUGGAGAAUAGGAGAAGGUACCCAUUCACAUUCGAUUCCGACUGGAUAUACUGGCAUAAGUAUGAAUAAUGCUGGCAGUCAUAGUCACACGUUGUCUGGAGAAACUGGAUCGGUUGGAGAUGGCAAGAAAUUCAGUUUAAUGCAGCCAUAUCAAACGGUGAAUUAUAUUAUAUAUACUGAUUGA